AAUGGAACAGAUCAAUCAUUUUACUUGUUCAUACUCGCUAGUGGUUUUUAUCCAUUGAAUGUAAGUAAGACCUGUUAAUUGAUCAUUAGUAUUUUAAUUAGUCUUCUUAUAAUAUGAUAUCUCUUGGAAUUGAAAACUGUAUACUGUAUUUUAAAAGUUUGAAGAAUAUAGUUGAACAAUAAGGGAAUACAAUAAUGAUUUAGAAAACAAACAAAAGAUAUUUAUACAAGUUUGUUAUCAACAAUUUUUAUCUAGAGAGAGAGGGAUGGAAAAGGACAUGUUCUUGACCGCUUUAUCAGAAUAUUUUUCUUGGGUUUACACAAAAACAAAGUCGUCUUCUAAUAUUUUAAGGUAGAGAAUAUAUAAAAUUAUAUUAAGAAAGCAACAAAAAUAAUUAUAAAAAGCACAAAAAUAGAAAAUAAAGGAGUUUGUCUUUUGCUUCUCUUCUCCAGUCUCCAUAAUUCUCCAAUAUCAUCACCCUCUCCAAUACAAUAUAAACCGACCUCUCUCUAUAUUUCUCUCUGUAAACACCAAAAGUAGCAUUAAAUGCUCCGUUACAUAAGCUCUAUCUCUUUCUAAGAAUAUAAAGAUAAAAAAUUAUAGUUAUAUAGGCGAAGAAUUAAGCAGAUAUCACCUAGUGAUCAAAAACCACCGUCAUCAUCAUAAGUUGCUGCCUCAGGAGUAGACCAACAUAAAGAGAUAGAUCAUCAAUCUCUCUUCUAUCAUCAUCUUUCUGCUGUUACUAUCACACUCCCUCAAACAUCAUCAGAUGCAAGGUCAUCACCAGAAUCAUCAUCAGCAGUUAUCAUCAGCCUCAGCCACGUCUUCCAGUGGAAACUUCAUGAACAAAGAUGGGUAUGAUCUUGGAGAGAUAGACCCAUCACUCUUCCUCUAUCUUGAUGGACAAGGACAUCAUGAUCAACCAUCAACUGCUCCUUUACCUCAUCAUCACACAACUCAGAAUUUGGCUAUGAGACCUCCAACAUCGACGCUCAACAUCUUUCCAUCUAAGCCGAUGCACAUAGAGCCGCCUCCUUCUUCUUCUACACCAAAUGCUGUUGCACCUAGUGGUUCGACUCGACCAUCUUCCGAGCCAUCCAUGGACUUGACCAAUCAUUCUCAGUUUCAACUUCCUCAACCUUCUAAAUCAAUCAAGAAAGAAGGGAACCGCAAGGGUCUUGCCUCAUCAGACCAUGACACACCAAAAUCAUCAGACCCUAAGACAUUGAGAAGACUAGCACAGAACAGAGAAGCAGCAAGGAAAAGCAGAUUACGAAAAAAAGCUUAUGUUCAGCAACUUGAGUCAUGCAGGAUUAAACUGACCCAACUAGAACAAGAGAUUCAACGGGGCGUAUUCUAUGGAGGGUCGCUUAUAGGAGGAGAUCAACAGCAAGGUGGGAUGCCCAUUGGUCCCGGCUACACGAGCUCAGCAGAAGCAGCGGUGUUCGAUAUGGAAUACACGAGAUGGUUGGAGGAGCAGCAGAGGCUGUUAACCGAACUAAGGGUGGCGACACAAGAGCACUUGGCCGAGAACGAGCUUAGGAUGUUUGUAGACACUUGUUUGGCUCACUAUGACCAUUUGAUUAACCUCAAGGCCAUGGUCGCUAAGACCGAUGUGUUCCACCUCAUUUCUGGCGCUUGGAAAACUCCAGCCGAGCGUUGUUUCUUGUGGAUGGGUGGUUUCCGCCCAUCUGAGAUUAUUAAGGUGAUUGUGAACCAAAUAGAACCGUUGACAGAGCAACAGAUAGUUGGGAUUUGUGGUCUGCAACAGUCCACACACGAGGCUGAAGAGGCUCUCUCGCAAGGCCUCGAGGCAUUGAAUCAAUCGCUUUCCGAUAGUAUUGUAUCCGACUCUCUCUCGCCUGCCUCUGCACAACUUCCUCCUCAUCUAUCGAAUUUCAUGUCACACAUGUCCUUGGCUCUCAACAAACUCUCUUCCCUCGAGGGCUUUGUUCUUCAGGCGGAUAAUCUGAGGCACCAAACAAUCCAUAGGUUGAACCAACUGUUGACCACACGUCAAGAAGCACGUUGUAUUCUAGCCGUUGCAGAGUACUUCCACCGUCUCCAGGCUCUAAGUUCUCUCUGGUUAGCCCGUCCACGCCAAGACGGAUGAUAAAAUAAAGCAAGAGCAUAGGUUGAUUAGUUAGCCAGCUUGACCUCUUUAUAAUAUAUUAUUGUCUCUCGAUCUACAGACCUUAAUUAGGAAAUUUGUUUGGAGUCUUUUUGUUAUAUGAUUCUUAUUAUAUAUUUGUUUAAAAGAUGCAGAUGAUGAUAGACAAGUCCAUACCUUUAAUUCCUCCUUGUGCAUAUGACAUUUAGACUUGUUUUUCGAUCCAAACACAAUAACAUACAUACUGAUGACUUGUUUA